AUGCUGGAGUCAUCCCUCUUCCGCCUUAACCUAUUACCUCUGGCCUUGUUCGCCCUAUUUGAAUCGCAGCUUAUCGUGGCAAAUCCAGUACCAUACGCUGAUGAAUAUGAUUAUGAGGGGGUCGUCCCCGGAAGUCUUGGAGACGCGGGCUCAGACGCAUCGACGGGCUCAUCUGGAGCGGAGGGUGGAUCGGUAAAGAUACCGAAAGGCGCCCUAAUAGCAAUGAUUAUUGUGGUUGUAAUUGUUGUUAUAACUGGAAUAACCACUGGUGUUUUAUUCUACCAAGCAAAGCGAAGGCAAUGGACGAUGAGAGAAACAAUGCGGUACUCAGUCCGUAGAGUCGCUGAGUCCAUCAAAUCUCCUAUGACUCCUACCUUUAGAAGCCGCGGCCAAUAUCCAAUGACUCCUGCCGGGGCCAGAGCAAUAGCGUCUCGCCAGCCAAAACCCUCACUGCAGCCUACAAAUCCUAUGUCCCACUAUCAAAACCGCUCUACACGACCGGGAGAUAGGCAUCCUCGUAUGACCGAGGGUGAGAAGGGGGGCCAAAGGAGUGAGAAAACAAACUCCAACUUUGCUAAGCUUCUUUCGUUCAAGAACAGUAGAUGA